CCCCCAGCUUCCUAGGAAGUGCCGAGCACUGAGCGUGGGUAAGAAAUACACAUGGCUGGUAAAGCAGUGUGGGAGUACAGGGGGGACCCGGAGCAGUCAGCUUUACUCGUUCAGUUUGCCAAUGGAACUAUUCAGACACCCAAGGAUGUACGUUUCACUUUAUAUAGGAAUGAAGAUGACAAAACCCCAGAAACAAAAAGGCAAAGAAUUCUGGCAGCGGACACAGACAGACUAAGUUAUGUUGGAAAUAAUUAUUCAACUGAAACUAAGAACAGCCCCCUGUGCAAGUAUUUUAUUGGGGUUCUGAAUAAAGCAACUGGAAAGAUGGAGGUGUAUGAUGCUGAACAUAUCAAGAUGCAGCCAGUGUUGAAAACUGACAAUAGCACAGUGAGUAAGCAAAUCGAAGAUGCGACAGACCAGUCAACAAAAACCUACAGAGAAAAGGUGGAUGCACUUAUAGAAGCUUUUGGUACCAAUAGACAGAAACGUGCUUUGAGUUCUCGAAAACUGAACCAAGUUGGCAGCGAAACCUUAAAUAAAGCAAUGGUGAAAGCAGCAGAAGAGAUAAUCGGGAACAAAGGAAAAACAGAGCUACUGAAAGAAGCGAUGGACACAAAUGAAGAGUUGUCGUCUAUCUUUUUGCCUUCUUGUAAUGCCAGUGCAGAUAAACCAGAAAAUGUCUACAAAUUUGAUGACCUUAUCUCUCCUGUGGAAUAUGAAGCUUUGGAAUCUGUCUCUGCUGCUUUUAAAAACAUUACACCUGAGGAACUCCAACAGAUGACAGAGAAAAAGGAGCAUACUUUAUUUGUCCUUCAAGAGCUCCGAGAGAUUAAACUGGCAAAGGACCCUGACCGCCAGGCUCGUGUUUUGUGGUAUUUGGACAUGUUGAUUAAAUUCAGCCAACUUAAAGUUGCAAAACGGAAAGAUCUUAUUACCAAAGGAUGUCCAAGUAUUAUUUGUGCAAAUUUAAUGAAGAACUUUUCUGUAAUCGUCUAUAAGGAUGGCAGGAUUCAGAACUCUAUAUCGGGGACAAUGAAAUCAAAAAUUGUGGCUUAUGUCAUAGCCUUGGCAUUGCACAUCUCUAAUUUUCAGGUGGAUCUGACAUGUUUACAGAGGGACUUGAGAUUAACAGAAAACAGGAUAAUUGAAAUUGCUAAAGCCAUGAGGCUGAAGAUCGGUAAAAUAAAUAUGUUCUCUGAUGUAUCUUUCGAGGAAAGUCACAAGAUUGCCACCCUGGAGCUCCCGCUGAUCGUUUACAAACCAGCAGGUGGAAUGAAGAAAAAAAGGAAAAUGUAGGGGAACUGGGCUAACCAGUUGGACGAUCAAAUACUUUGUUAUUGGUGCACAGAUGUACCAUCAUUGAUUUAUCUUCUCUAGCAUACCCAAAGUUGUUAUUUGUAUAAACAUAACUGUUGUCA